CUAUCAGUCUGAAGAAGACAUAUCCUGUCCUCUCUCAGAUCAGUUGUACAAGUUUGACAGAGUUCCUUCUUCUACCAUACAAGACGUUGUUUCAAGGUUGUCAUUGUGUUCCUCUCUGUAGUACUAUACAGUGUGUAGUAUAAUAACUCCACUGUGUUCUACUUGUCUUUCUGUCCUCUGUCAGGUUCGGCUCAGCUGUCAGAGCUUGGAGGGAGAGGUUGGCCCUCACCUCACCAGAGAACCUGCAGGAAGCCUGGCAGUGGGUCCAGGGAUUACAGUGUUCAGGGAGCAGGAACACCAUGGGUGCUCUGAGGCUGUCUCUGGAGGGGGACCUCAAUAGUGGGGCACCCUCCCUAUCUCCCGCUCCUCUUCUCCCUCUGUCCCCCCCUCUCACCCAGGGCCUCUACCUCUUCACCAGCGGAUUGCCUGACCAGGAAAUUGCAACGGUGUCUUCAUAUGUGUCAGAGUGUUGCAGUGGCCGGCCUCUACGUCUCCACAUCUGUCUGUUGACUGGAGAGGAGACAGAGGGACAGACAGAGGCACAGACGGGGGGUUGCCCUCCACCUCGCCAUGCCACCAGGGAGGAGACUGCGGGGCACUGAGGGAACUGGCACAAGCUGGCAACGGACGCUUCCACUGGAGCAGUGAGACAGGCAUCCUGGAGAGCGAUGACAUAACUGCUCUGAUUGGAGAGAUGGAGAGGGCUGCUAAUUAUUGGCAGAAGAGCGCCAUGCUGGUGGACUCCUUGACCCAGAAGUCUGACUGUAGGUGCCCAGGGGAGGAUCUCUCUCCUGGGGACAAAGCUCCGGCCCAGUCCCCCCUGGCCUGGAGAUGCAGAGACAGACCACUGCCCCCACCGCGACCCACAGCACUCACCCUCGCCAGGCUGCAAAUGAAGGAAGGCCGAACAAACGAGCAUUCCUCCUCUCAGAAGGCUCUCGCAUGGCGUCCCAGCAGUACCACAUCUACUAUCCCACCGGUACAGCCCAUGACUGGUUGGGGUCCAGUAGAGACUAAAGCCAGGCAGUGGAAGCCUUCUCAGGUCACCCAGUCUGUGUUCUACCUGGAAGAUGGUAACUUGGGUGUGGUGUUCAAGUCUUACCCCAAACCUAAAAGUGUCCGAAAGUCCAUCCCCUUAGUGACUCUGCCAAAGCAGGAAGAGAUCUGCUCGACCAAACGGUGGCUGAAGAGGUUCAGUAUUAAGAGGCAGAAGCUUGACAUCUAUAAGCUGGUGUCUGGACCUGACUGUACUCAUCAUAAGAAGCUGGUCCCUUCGGUCCUCAAGAGAGUGUCUGCCAAAUACUGCUCCAUCUUCCCCAGUGUCCACAUCAAUGGGAUGGUGAAGCACCUGCAGCUGACUCCAGGAGAGUUAAAACAGUACCUUACUCAGACUGAGAGACUCCUGCUGCGCUACAUGCAGAGGCUGCAAUGGCUGCUCUCCGGUAGCAGGCGUGUGUUUGGGGCGGUGCUGGAGAGGGAGGUGUGUGUGCUGCUGGAUGUGUCCGGCUCCAUGGCGCCCUGCCUGGGGGAGCUGAAGACCAAGCUGGCCUCUCUCAUCUGGGAACAGCUGCAUCACAACACAGUCAGGUUCUCUCUGCUGGCGUUCUCCGAGGGGGUGAAGGCGUGGCGUCCGGCACUGCAGGAGCCUACAGAGGAGGCAUGCCGCGACGCGGUGCAGUGGGCAUAUCAGCUCAACACCCAUGGGGGAACCAACACUCUGGAGGCCCUGCAGACUGGCUGUGGGUUUGGGGACAGUGUGGGCCUGUACCUGCUGAGUGAUGGGAAGCCAGAUUCCAGCUGCAGCCUUGUGCUGAAAGAGACUGAGAGGCUGACCACAGGGAACCACAUUACUAUCCACACUGUCUCAUUCAACUGCACAGACAGCUCAGCCAAUGACUUUCUGAAGAAACUGGCUCACCAAACUGGGGGUCGGUACCACCGUUGUCAUGACAAUGUGGAUGCGCUCAGUGGGCUGUUGGAAUCGGGCCUUAGUGAUGGAGAUGAACCUACCCUGCCGGCCCUCGAGGGAGAUGACUUGAGGAGACUGGCUCAGGAAAUUGACAAACUGAGACAUUUCCGGAAGCAGGCACAGGUCUUCAGGGAAAUCCUUUUGGAAAAGAAGAAUCCAGAGGAAACAACAAGAAUCAAUCAAACAGACUAGAUUACUGUAAACCCAAGAAUUUGACUUCAAUGAUUUUAUAUACACAUUUGUAAUUUAGAUUUUCAAUGACUCAAUAUAUGAAGAAAGUGGUUGUAAAGAGAUUAAAACUGGUGUGCAUGAAUUUUGUCAGAUUAACCAUAUACUGUACACAGUUCUAUUUGAUCUAAUUUGGGUGUGCAGUAUGCUUUGUUCAGAUUGACAAACCUCUGCUUUUCUUAAUUUAAAACUAGAAUGCUUAGUUGCUACAUCCAUUUUUCACUUAUAAAUGAUUUCUCUAUAUAUACCCAUUGAUUCUUGAAGAAUAUAAUGUACUGUAUAAAUGCCUCAUGAGCUUACUUCAACUGUCAUACUCAUCAGAAAGCUUGUUUUACUCCAAUGUUUGUAUAAAAAAAAAGUUAAUGUGAACAGACACUGUACAGCCUAAAGAGGCAGGGCUGACUGCUUGGUAUUGUUUCUCUAGUUUGAAAUAAAAACAGCUAAUAACCUUA